AUGUCUGACUCCGUGACUUGUCCUACUAUGAACACUCUCAACAGCCAUUCUUUGCCACAAGCCUCCCUCCCAACUGUCGCAGCAACCGCCGCUGUCACCCUUUACAAGAACGCGGACACGUACAGGUUCAGCGGAGGGAGCCUGGAUGUCAAUAUUCUUGAUAAGAAUGGCGGUUCAUUCAGCCUCGGUGAAUGUUCCAGGGAUGGAGAGAUAGAAAAUACCCACAUCAGCAUCACUAUCGGCUUUGCUCAGGCGCUCGCUGUGCCUCAUUCCCCCAACAAGGCUCAAAGCGUAGAUUUCGGGGAAAGCGCCCAACGCGCCUUGAAGAAGAAGGCACCGGUUACCACGGAGUUGGACGAGCUUGAUUGA